UGGGCUUGGAACCUUGGAGAGAGAAUCCUCGGAGAACGGUUCGGGAGGUCGGGGGUGGGGAGGAGAAGUUCUGAGUAAAGGCUGGAAAUCCAGAUUGAGCAUAGACAGGGUCUCGGGUGGAAAUGUGGACGCGGGCCGGUUGCCUUCACGUUGCACGGUAGGGACAAACCCAAAAGAUUGGUGGGAUGGGCGUGCCUGCAAAGAAUGAGGUUCUAAUCCCCAUCCCCCGCGCGCGCACAGCGCUGGCCACGCCCUUCCAGGUGAGCCGGCCCUGGUGUCCUGGGCCGACUCUGUCCUGCCCCUCCCUCUCCGUUCACCUAGACCUCUCCUUUCCACCCCCACUAGGCUUGGAGAAAGGUGGAAAAGGUAGAGGACACCACCCCACCCUUCUCUGGGCCACGCUCCAGGGUUGCUUGCUUGCACGCAGCUCCCAGGUGGUCAUGCACCCUGCACCUGCGGAGGCGCUCCCUGGGACGUGAAGAACAGAAAGAACCCGUUUCCUGUUCUACUCUGUUUUCUAGGCCACUCCAAGGUACUGUCACAACUGCCUUGCCUCUUGAAUAGUUUGGCCUCCAUUCAUUUCCCUGUCCCCCAAUCCCCGAACAAACUCGUUUUGUUGGAGUAGAGGGUGAGGGACAGACCUGACACUUGCGACUCCACUGCAGGUAGCCCGAGAGAGACUUGACCUGGCGUCUUUUCUUUUUCCAAUCACUUUUCCCCGCACUUCCCGUGUUUCUUCCUGAUCUUGAUCUCUGCUGUACAGGUGACUGGUUCUCCUUGAUCGCUUCUGUUCCCGCUGGUCCCAGAUUGGCUGUUGGAAUGCCUUUUUCUGUCUUCCGUGACAGUUCCAAUUUUAGAUAAUGCCUCACAUCUCUGCUCCCCGGGGACCUCCUGGAGCCCCCAUGAUCCGGAAGAAGACAGCUUGAACACAGGUGCGUGUGUGUCUGUUCUUUUGUAAGACUGGAGGGACUCUAAAAACUUCUGAAAUGGACUUGGGAUUUGAAUGAUGUAAGCUUUCUUGAGGGUGGAGACUGAAAGCGGGUGAAGUGGAUGAAAAUGAAACCUGAGCUUUAGUGAUCUGUAUACGGACUGCUCGUGGUUGGUUACCUUCUGGGUUUGUUUUUCCCCCCUUGUUUGAUUAUAGCUGUGUUCCUUAUUGUGACUUUGUUCUCUGCCUGUUUUUCUUCCUCUCCCCGGCACCACUUUUCUCCCUGCUGAUGUCUCUGCUGGCAUGCUCUCUCCCUCCCUGUUGGCUUCCAGAAAUUCCUUCACUCUCUCCCUAGCCCUCGGCAGGAUGUUGCGGAGGCUGCUGGAGAGGCCCUGCACACUGGCCCUGCUUGUGGGCUCCCAGCUGGCAGUUAUGAUGUAUCUGUCACUAGGGGGCUUCCGAAGCCUUAGUGCCCUCUUUGGCCGGGACCAGGGCCCAACGUUUGAUUAUUCUCAUCCCCAUGAUGUCUAUACUAACCUCAGUCACCUGCCCGGGGCCCCUGGAGCUGCAGGGGCUCUCCCAGCUCAAGCUCUGCCUUACUGUCCAGAGAGAUCUCCUUUCUUAGUGGGUCCCGUGUCAGUAUCCUUUAGCCCAGUGCCAUCGCUCGCCGAGAUUGUGGAGCGGAAUCCCCGGGUGGAGCCAGGGGGCCGGUACCGUCCUGCGGAAUGUGAGCCACGCUCCCGGACGGCCAUAAUCGUGCCCCACCGUGCCAGGGAGCACCACCUGCGGCUGCUGCUCUAUCACCUGCACCCCUUCCUGCAGCGCCAGCAGCUUGCAUAUGGCAUCUAUGUCAUCCACCAGGCUGGAAAUGGAACGUUUAACAGAGCCAAACUCCUGAAUGUUGGGGUGCGGGAAGCCCUGCGUGAUGAAGAAUGGGACUGCUUGUUCUUACAUGAUGUGGACCUCCUUCCAGAAAAUGACCAUAACCUCUAUGUGUGCGACCCCCGGGGACCUCGCCAUGUUGCUGUUGCCAUGAACAAGUUUGGAUACAGCCUCCCGUACCCCCAGUACUUCGGUGGGGUUUCGGCCCUCACUCCUGACCAGUACCUGAAGAUGAACGGCUUCCCCAAUGAAUAUUGGGGCUGGGGUGGUGAGGAUGAUGACAUCGCCACCAGGGUUCGCCUGGCUGGGAUGAAGAUCUCCCGACCCCCCACCUCUGUGGGGCACUACAAGAUGGUGAAGCACAGAGGGGAUAAGGGCAAUGAGGAAAACCCCCACAGAUUUGACCUCCUGGUCCGUACCCAGAAUUCUUGGACACAAGAUGGAAUGAAUUCACUGACAUACCAGUUGCUGGCUAGAGAGCUGGGUCCUCUCUAUACCAACAUCACUGCAGACAUUGGGACUGACCCUCGAGGUCCUCGGGCUCCCUCUGGUCCCCGAUACCCACCGGGUUCCUCCCAGGCCUUCCGACAAGAGAUGCUGCAUCGCCGGCCCCCAGCUAGGCCUGGCCCUCUGCCUACUGCCAACCACACAGCUCCCCACGGUUCACACUGAUUCUUCUCUGUCCACUUUAAUCAUGAAACUGAAUCAGAGGGGUCGUGUUCCCCACGCCCUCUGCUCCUCACUGCUUUCGGAGGGAUGUGAGGGAACUAAACCCUAGUGCUGUGCUGGGGGGCAGGGACCUCUCCUCACUGCUAGACUGGAGCUGGGCUCCUCUAGACCUGGAGGUUCCUCUUUCUAGGGGCCACCUGUCAGGGCUUAUGACUGUGAAUCCUUGAGGUCAUUUUAUGUGACGAAUCCUAGGAGUCCCCGGCCCCCGGGGUAGGCGCAGGGCUGGACCCCAAGCCUCUUCCUCGUCCAUGGAUGUCACUCCUUUCCAAGAGUGACCUGGCUUCUCCUGGGAGCUCUGUGAAUAUUUAUUCUAUUUAUGGUUCCCAAGAAGCUGUUCUGGUGGAGGAAGCCCCUGCCAGGGCAUUUCCUGCCAGUGCUGGAGUAGCUCCUGUGGUCUUGGCCCAGGGGGCUGGGAUUUUGAUACCUUUUCUAAUAAAGGACUUAGUCUCACCUUU